AUGAGCUAAUCAAUUCAAAAAUAAUAAUUGCACAUCCUUUCUAAAUCAAAAUUAUCUAUAGUAAAAAAUGGAAGUGAAGAAUAGAAUAUCUUUAAAUCUUUUAUUUAAUUGCAUACUGAACAAAGAGCCAACUAUCACAAAGACAUACGCGAUUAAUAAUUAAAAUAAAGAAAAGAGUUCGAAAGAUUAUGUCAAUCACUCAAAAAAAAUGAUGUGUCUCUACGAUUUAACAAAAAAAGAUAAUCAUAGUCUCUAUAAUAAAGUCCAUUAAUAAAAGUUUCAUUCUAAACACCUUUGUUAAAGAAAGUACAUCGAAAAUUUUAAAAAACACCAUUUCCUAAACAAUGA